AUGGAUGUGAGAGUUGGGGUCUUAGUUCUUUUUGUGCUGGGAGCUAGUUGGGCUGGUGAUGCUAGACAACUGGCAAACCUAAAUUUGCCAGUUACAAAGACAGCCCACCAUAUUCAAGAGGUGGAAACUCAAACUUUGCAAGUUUCUGGGGAUGAAUUUGUUGGGAAUGAUAAUGUGUGCACAUUGUGUGAGGAGUUUGCUGCCCAGGCACUUGAUUACCUUGGUGAAAACAAGACCCAGACCGAGAUCAUUGAAACCCUACAUCAGAGCUGCUCUCAAUUGCGCUCUUUCAAGCAGCAGUGUAUCACUUUGGUGGACUAUUAUGCUCCUCUCUUCUUCUUAGAGGUCUCCUCUCUACAACCUAGUGAGUUCUGCUGGAAGGUCAACCUCUGUCAGCAGGUUGCUUUAUUUUCUUCACAACUCCGAGAGGAUAGCUGUGGAUUAUGUCACCGUGCUGUUUCAGAAGUAUUGGUUAAGUUGAAAGAUCCUGAUACACAGCUGGAGAUCAUUGAGUUGCUUUUGAAGGCGUGCAAUUCCGUGGAGAACUAUGCCAAAAAGUGCAAGAGGAUCGUUUUCGAAUAUGGACCGUUAUUUCUUGCCAAUGCAGAGCAGUUCCUUGAAACAACAGACAUAUGCACUACACUUCAUGCCUGCAAUUCGAGCGUAGCUAGUACCGAGGAAGCAUUGUCAGUGACAGUUGUAACCGUUCUGUCUGACUCUUAG